AUGACCAGCUCGGUUGUUCUGUUUCUUCUCUGCGGGACGGUGUUUGUGACCUCAGGGCAGAAUCUGAAGUGUUACUCGUGUGAUGGGAAGUGUGAUUGUAGAGAUCCCAGAGAGGAAUUGUGUCCGGAUUCCACCUUUUGCUACAUUUUGAGAAGUACGGCGGAUCGGAAAGGUAAGGUUUAAGCAUCUGAAUAGUUUUGCAAUAAAAUAUUGUUUUUGUAAACAAAUUUGAUAAAAAAUCCAAAAAGUGUUACGCAAGUGGUUGCAGUUGUUCGACGAGGAUGUGCCCUGAGUUGUAGAAGUGUGAAUGUAUUCGAUAAUGUGUGUGCCCUUUGUCGUGGGAGUUUCUGCAACAUGGAAGCCAAUGAGAGUAAGUACCACAUUCAGAAAAUAAGACUCUAGAUUACCAACCAUACACAAACUACGAUGAAUGCUUGGAAUAUGACAGGAAUGCUCAAGAGGUCAGAUCUAAAACCCCCAUCGGGCAAGAUGUGAGACCAACAAACGGCGAGAAGGGAGAAAGAAUUAUUAAUCCAAUUGGCCAGAAAGUUCAACAAAGUGGAGGAAUCGGGCAAGAUUUGACUCAAGAAAUUCUAACACGAGGUCGGGAAGAAAUUGUUUCCUUGAAUCGACCACAACAAGAUGUCUCAGCCGGUUCUGGGCCUAAUCAUAACAAUGGAAUCUCUGUUGGAGAAGGGACUCACGUCCAUCCAAGUGGGGAUGUUGGUGUCCAUCCAGGUGGAGUUGGGAAUGGGGCGGUUUUGGAUAGACAAACCGAGAUCGGAGAGAGGUCAGAGAUUGGGAACGAUGGCCAGAUUGGUCAAGAAGUCGGCUUUGAACCGGCAUUGGUUGGUCCGGCUGCCGCUUCAGCCAAUGGAAUUGGAAAUGGGGCUAAUAUAAAUCAUUAUGGAGAUACGGGAAAUGGAGCCGGGAUCGGACAUCCAAACUAUGGCCCGGCUCCCUCAGUCGUCGAUGGGGUUGGAACUGGCGCUGAAUUUAAGUAAGGUUACAAUUUGUUCCCUCUCUCAACAAUUAUUUUCAGUUCAUCUUCCGCGAUUGCUUCUUUUUCAACAAUUUUGUUUAUUUUAACCGUGCUUUACAAACAGUUAUCAAUGUGA